GCGAGUGUGGAGUAUAAUCUUCGGUUGCCGCCAUCUCUUGUUGACGCCUCUGAGGAAAGGAAACUCAAGGCAUUCGAAGAGUUUUGGAAUAGCGGGGUUCCUCGGUUUGGAGAUCAGGAAUCUGAAGGGUGGGACCAUUACGUUGCCACCUGUGGAAGCCGAGCAGACCUGAGGGAGUCCGAAUUAGUCGAAAGAGAGCUUCAAACACAGCUUAUAUCUUCGUUAGAAGACAGGAUUUCUUCGUCAUCCGAUGACGCUGUGAUAAGUUGGAUUGAAAUGGAACGUGAGCUGGAUAGAAUUGAAAGUCGACCCAGACGACGGCUCGUGGCGAACGUUUCGACGGAAGAGGGGCCGCCUCCUUUCACCGAGAUUGAGUUCAGCGAUCUUCGUAUUCUUCGUAUUAAAUGUUUCGGACCUGAUGCCAUCCUUGUUUUGCUUCGCACUCUUGGCGUCCAUUUCUGCGGAUCACUUGGCUCGAGAACUUUCGGGAAUUCCGCUAAGGUUUUGCCUUGUAUACCUACGUUUCGAUUGCUUGAUGAAUGGGAUCUUCUACCGCCUUCAAAGAAACUUUUUCCGGUCCCAUCAGUUGGUGCUAAUGAUCUUGCUUUGAAGAUGGUAUAUACCAUGACAAAAAUUGGGCAUUCUCCAGAAUUUGUGUUCUCUCUUCUCGAAACAAAAGCUACACAGUUGGAACAGCUCUAUAAAGAUAGACCAGGAAAUGUACGCAAAGCGAAAUUCGAGGAAUAUUUACGUGAAGUCAUGAGUGAAAUGAGUGGUAUGAAUUUCGGCAUACCGAGUGAUGAUUUCAACCUAGCAGCUGUGGUAUAUGCAUUGAGCAUAUUGCGUCGUUGGGUACAAAAAGAGGAAGCCACAUUGAAUUGUGAUGUUUCGUUAGAGGAAGGCGCGCAGAAGAAGAGGAAACUGAAGAAGCGGGAACUUCCUUUUACUCGGCGCCAGCUUGUCGAUAAGCUGAGCGAGUGCUUGUUCAAAUACAGUGGUACUCCUUUACAUCUGCUGGGAAACAGGCGUCUCCAGAUGCUUCUGAAGCUACUUCUGUUAUUAGUGCAGCCGCUCUCAUGCUUUGAAUCACCCAGAGCUAUAUGCAUUGCACUGCAAAUUUACUUCGAGUAUGGAAGAGGUUCAUCGAUAUAUCAUCCUCGGGCGAGCUACAGAUGUGGAAAGUUCGCCGGUUUCUGUCAAACGCCCAGUCCAAGAGCAAUCCAACAUUGGAUAUGUAUCACUCACUUUCUUAUCUUUACAUGGAAAAGCGUAAGGCGGAGAGGUUGCUGGAAGCGGGUGUUCCACUGCACACAAAUGUGGUUGCUGAAAUUACACGCAGAGAGGCUUCGCGAAGAAAGGAUCCCGCCUUAUGGCGCUUAGCAAUGGCAUAUUCCAAGACGAAGCAGUUUUUCGAAGAGACUCACGUGAUGGCAUCAUCUCAGUGUGGUUGGUCACGACAUCUUCACAUAGAUUACACUGCGGGAAGCAUGACUCGUAAAGCUUGUGAAGAGAUGAUACGUCUUAUGGAGGAACGGGGUGCCCACGUAUUUAAUAAUCUCGAAUAUGUUGAUCUCCUGA